GGCGAAACGCGCACCCCCAUUUCAGACACGGAGGAAGUGACAGCAGACGCAUAGCAAAACAAAACUAGAGCAGUCGUUUCUGCGUUGAAAGUAUUCUGUCAACGAUAUUUAUACACUUGCUCAGCGUGUUAGAUUUCUCUAUAUACUCGUCCUAUGAGUUUAUUUUAAAAAUGUCCUUUUCCCUUGUUGCCGUUGCGUUGUUCGUUAGCAUCGUUAGCUUAGGGGAAUGCCAAACAACACCACCGCCUCCAACGCCCUGCUCUGCCUUCAAAGACUGCGACUCUUGUGCCCCACAUGCCAAGUGUUUGUGGUGUUUUGCCACUAACAACUGCACAGACUACCCAGUGAGCUGGCUGCUGCCCCCACCAUCACUAUGUCCACUUGCAGAGGCCCGAUGGGGAAUGUGUUGGCUGAACUUUGAGGCCCUCAUCAUAACUUUGGGUGUGAUCGGGGGAGUCAUCCUGCUCAGCAUUGUGGUGUGUUGCUGUUACUGCUGCUACUGCAAGAAGAGUCGGCACCGCUUUGACAGAGAGGAUGAGGCCUACAACAGGAGGAAAGAGGAGAUCAAACAGCGCUCUGACGAAAGGAAAGUGGAGAGGAAGGCACGACACGAUGAGAUUCGCAGGAAGUAUGGUCUGAUCGGAGACUCGGACCACCCAUACAGCAAGUUUGAUAAUGAGUAGAACAUCUGUGCUGGAGGAGUUUCCUGUGCAGCAUCUGCAGCCUGGAUUCACAUUCUUACACAAACCACAAACAAACACCACAAAAACACUGAGUGAUUUUAACAGUGAUUCACCAUAAACACAAAUCAAGACGUAGCAAAACAAACCUGAUUAAAGUAGAUAUUGUUUCACCUCCUUUUUUUUUUUUUAAGAAUUAAGAAUGAUGAUAUGAAUGAAUGAUGCUCAUGUGCUAUUUUUUUUAAUGUGUCCAGUUUGCUUAGAGCUCUGCAAUUUUAUUUCAAUAGUUUAUUUUUUUGUUAAUCUGAUCACUUUAUGUAUAGAGGAAUUAAUUUGUGAACUCAACAGCUAUGUUUGUUUAAUGAUUGUUUUCUUGACACGUGAAUAAAAGUCACAUUUUU